AUGGAUUCUGCGAUCACGUCAAUCAAAGACUUCAUUCGAGUCAGGCAAAUCAAUAUUGCUCUGGCUGGUCUUCUGACUUUGGUCUACUUGCUGUACCAGUUUUGGAGCACGAUGGUCCGCAGCAAGAGAAAUGGGGCUGUUCCAUUGCGACUGUCGAGAUCUCCGUCACGAUCCAGGUCCAACGCAGACUGCAGGUCACGACAUGACCACAAAAAUUUAGAUGUCAAACGCCGUGGUCGAAAAUCCCAUCGAAAAUGUCCCGAUUGCAGCGAAUGCAAUCUGGAAUUUUAA